AUGGCAGAUGGGCAGGUCCUGGUGAUUGAUGGGUGGGGCCAUCUCCUGGGCCACUUGACUGCCAUUGUGGCCAAGCAAGUACUCCUGGGGCGGAAGAUGGUGUUGGUUCACUGGGAAGGCAUCAACAUCUCAGGAAACUUCUACCAGAACAAGCUAAAAUACCUGGCCUUCUUCCAAAAGGGAAUGAAUACAAACCCUUCAAAAGGUCCUUAUCACUUCAGAGCCCCCAGCCACAUUUCCCGGAGGACUAUUAAAGGGAUGCUUCCCCACAAGACCAAGCAUGGUCAGGCUGCCUUGGAACACCUUAAGGUGUUUGAUGGCAUUCCCCCACCCUAUAACAAGUGGAAACGCAUGGUUGUCCCAGCAGCUCUCAGAGUGGUCAGACUGAAGCCAACAAGAAAGUUUGCUUAUCUGGGGCGCCUGGCCCAUGAGGUUGGCUGGAAUUAUCAGGCAGUUACUGCUAUGUUGGAAGAGAAGAGGAAGGAGAAAGCCUAA